AUGGUAUCGGAAUCUGAUUUGUCCCCAGAAACUGCUGAUUUAGCGUCCAAUAAAUCAUGUUUUAAUAAUCAGGAUGAGGGUGAAAAUUUGAAUUCGAAUGCUGAACUAGACUCAAUUGCUAGAAUUAAAAAACGCCGUUUAGAUCUAUUGGACCGUGCCAAUAAAAUUGCAGCCGAGGUGAAACCUAUGGAAUUCGAGUCUUAUCGGGAUUAUUUUAUCUUGAAGACUUUUAAAAGAGGGAAGUCGGACAGUGGAAAACUCGACGUCAGCAACCUAAAAAGAUUUAAAAUUAGUGUUUACUAUGAAAGAAUUUCUAAAUCCAACGAAGAGAAGCGCACUGGAAGUACCCCAUCCAGCUUGCCAGAAUCAUCUGCUGAAGAUAAUGAUUAUAAACCUACUAUGACUAGAAUUACAAGGAAGCAGUCUCAGGAUGUAUCUAAUUCAAAUUCAUCCACUCCUGUUACUUUUGAUGACAAGAAGGGAGCAGAUGGAAAUUCAUUAAACUCAAUACGAGCUGAUAUUUCUGUGGACAGCAUAAUACCAAAAGAUAAUAGUGCUGCAAAUGUAAGACGAUCUAUGAGGUUAACAACGAAAGAAAAGGAAAAAUUGAAGAAGUCUCCUUCAGAAAAACUAUUAAAGGAGGGCGAAGAGCCUAUGUUCACGGAUUUGUAUGAAGUAAUUAUUCCUAAAAUCCCUAAUCCUGUACGACGGUCAGAUUGGGUUCUAAAUAAGAGAGAGCGAUACAUUCGGGAGAAACACGUACCGGUUAAACAUAUCCCUGAGCAAGUGAAGAUAAACGAGUUGGUAAAAAAUAGUAGGAUUAAAACAGUAUUAUCGAGGUUUGAGGGCGGUCUGGCAGGUGUUAGAACUUCAAAAAAUUCACCGUAA